AUGGCGCCCGGUCUACUUAACCCUUUGACAGUCCUGGAGCAGUGCCAGGUCUCGCCGUCGCCGUCGCCACCGGCCGAGAAGCCACGGACACUGCCGCUCACAUUCUUCGACAUCGUCUUCUGGGACGUCCCGCCCGUGCAGCGCCUCUUCUUCUACGACAACGCCGACCUCCCCGGCGCCCCCGAGUUCCUCCUCCACGAGCUGCCCCUGUUCGAGAAGUCCCUGGCCGCCGCGCUGCACCACUUCUAUCCCUUGGCCGGGACGCUGGUGUGCAGCAUACCGGAGGCCGGGGCGCCCGAGGUUCUGUUCUCGGACGGCGACUCUGUCCGCCUAACGGUUGCGGUGGGCGGCGACGACUUCCAGGACCUCGCCGGCGACCUCGCGCGCGACACCGCGAGGCUCCGUCCGCUGCCGCCUUCUCUGCCGAGACACGGCGGCGGCGGCGGCUCUCGAUGCAGCACGCAGGAUGUCUUUGCCGUCCAGCUCACCGUGUUCCCUCACGCCGGUUUGUGCAUUGGCACGACGCUACACCACGCCGUGGCCGACGGUUCCAGCUACGUGCACUUCAUGAGGACGUGGGCCGCCAUCCACCGCCUCGGCCCCGAGUGCGGCGGGAAGUGGGCCGCGGUGGACGCGCCCCCGCUGCUCGACCGCAGCGUCGUGCGAGACGAUAACGGGCUCCGCGAGGUGUUUCUCCGCGACCACCGGGCUCUUGCGGCGGCCGGCGGCAAGCGGCUCCACGACUGGGACCUCAGUCAACGUCCGGGCGCCGCUGACCUCGCGACGUUCCGGUUCACGGACAGGCUGCUCCGUGGGCUCGGAAGGCAGGUGGACUCGGAGACCACGGCGCGGCGGUGCUCGCCGUACGCAUUGGCGUGCGGUGCUGUCUGGGCAGGCAUCGUGCACGCGCGCGGCAGCAGCGCCAGCUUCGGGUUCGUGACCGGGUGCAAGCCCCGCGCGACACCACCGGUGCCGGGAAACUACUUCGGCAACUGCCUGGGGCUCUGCCGCGUGGGGAAGGAGGAGGAGGCGAAGCUGAGCGGCUGCCUCACCGCGGCCACGGCCUCCGCGGCGAUAUGGCGGGCGAUCGAGGGGCUCGCGGAGCAGGGGCGGGUGUUCCGGGACGCGCGGGGAUGGGUGCGGCUGGUGCGGGAGUACGCGUCGGCGUGCGCGGUGACCGUGGCCGGGUCGCCGAAGCUGGGCGUGUACGCGGCGACGGAUCUGGGAGCGCCGUGGGGACGGCCCCGCAAGGUGGAGAUCGUCUCGGUGGAGCGGACGGGCGCGCUGGCGCUGGCGGAGAGCGGCCGCGACGGGGACGGCGGCAUCGAGGUCGGGCUGGCGCUGCCCCGCGGCGAGAUGGAGGCGUUCCGCGCGUUCUACCAGGACCUGGUUGCCACAGCGUCGUCGUACGAAGCAGCGACCUGA